GGCCGGGGCGCAGCGCAAGGCGAGCCCCGAGCGCCAUGGGCAGCGCCAGGAGGGGCUGGGGUGGGCAGGGGGAGCUGCUGCGGCUCCGGGAUGUGCAGCUGGAGCCCCGCGGGACCCCCCCACUGCCAGGGACACCUGACAGGGCCCGCUCCGCGCUCCGCAGCGCCCGCCCGGACCCGGCUGCCCCCGGACCGGCCACCCCCAUGCCGGACACGCCGGGGGGCUGCCCCCCUCGGUCCCCCAGCUCAGCCCUCAUCUACAGCAACGUGGGAAAGCUGCGGGCCCACCUCGUUCCCCGCAAGGCCAGCCGAGGGGAAGGCGCUGGGAGACCCCUCUCCCAGGCCGAGCCAGACCCCCUGCCUCCCCCACUGCCCAAAAAGCAGCUCCAGCGAGCCGAGUCCCUCCCGGAGCCGGCACCAUCCCAGCGCGGCCAUGACGACCCUGAGCCACGGGCUGGCAGCAUCCUGUACAGCAUCCCCGCAGGGCAGGGGGCUCCCCCGCGGGACAGACCCCCCUGGGCAGCCAAGAAGCCCCUGAGCAAGUCCCAGAGCCUGGGGGAGCCGCUGGCCCGAAGCAGCGCCCAGAAAGCCCCCUCAGGCAGCCUGAAGGAGCUGACAUUUGGGACAGCGGAUGCGGAGCUGGGGCAGCUCCUGGAGAGCCCGGCCGGGGUCUCCGGGGUGGUUUUGGGGUGCCAGGAGGCCUCCCUGGCCCGGCUCUCGGCUCUCCUGCAGGAGGAGCUGCUGGGGCCCGAGGAGAGGCAGCAGCUGCUGGAGGCAGAGCUGGUGGGGAAGCGCUGGGCAGCGCUCGGUGUCCUGGACCCCCAGCCCUGCUGCCAGAGCGGGGACGCCUGGUACUUCAGGGUGGGCUUCACCUUCGAGCACAGCCAGCUGCAGUUUGCAGCCAAGGUCCCCAAGCCGUGCUGCUCCAGCCUGGGGGUGCAGAGCUCCCUGGGGACACACUGCAGCAUCCAGCGCCUGCUCGGCCGCUUCACCGACCGCCUCCCUCGGGAGCUGGUGCUCCCAGGAAUCCCUGGAGCACAGAGCCAGGGACCUUCCAGAGAGGAGCCAGCCUGUCCUGCCCCGCAGGUGCUCCUUUGUGCCGAGGUUCCCCAGCAGACCCUGGCAGACUUUGUGAAGGGCUCCCACGCUUUGCACAGGGCCAGCCCCGGGCACUACGAACGCCUGGGCUGCCUCCUGCUGCUGCAGCUCUGCAUGGGGCUGGAGCACCUCCGGGGGCAGAACGUGGUCCAGGGUGACCUGUGCCCCGAGAACCUGCUGCUGGUGCAGUGCCCCUGUCCCCCCCAGAGGCAGAAGGAGCCGCUGGGACUGUCCCUUCCACGGCUGCUCAUCAGCAGCUUCUUCAAGGUGCAAGAGAAGCAGCGACCUUGUUCCAGCAGCCAGGAGCUGGACUGGAGCCAGGCUCUCGCUGCACCCUCCCCUCCAACAGCAGCUGAGCUGAACUUGGGCAGGCUGAUCUAUCAGAUCUUGCACGUGGACAUCUCCCUGGAGAAUAUUUUGGGCUUCAGAAGCAAAAGGCUUCCCGAAAUCCCCUCGCUGUCCAUCUACUCGGCGGGACUGAAGCGCUUGGCCUCGCUGCUGCUGCACAGGGAUCCUCACCAGAGGGUGUCCAUCCAGCAGGCCAGGGCCAUCCUGCAGGUGCUGCUCUGGGGGCCACGCCAGGAGCUCUUUGCCAGGAGCAGGAAGAGCCUCGAGCUGCUCCAGAGCUGGCUGCAGGUCAAGAGGGCUCUGCUGCUCCUGAGGUUUGCAGAGAACUCGGCUGGGGCUGGGGUCAGCCCUGGCCUGGAGGAGUGGCUGUGCUGCCAGUACUUCCAGGGGGUCACUGAACACACCCUUUUCCAGGUCACCCAGCUUCUCUAUGCUCCCUAAACAACCUCCAGGUCAGCCCACCCAAAGGUCUCCUCAAAGCUCACGAGGGCCCGGCCAAACCUGUCCCUGCCCAAACCUGUCCCUGCCCAUGGCAGGGGAGUUGAAACUAAAUUAUUUUUAGGGUCCUUUCAGCCCAAAUCAUUCCAUAACUCUAUAAAAUCCAUCAGUUCCUGAGAAAUCCCAGUAGGUCUUCACUGGGAAGGCUCUGCAAACCCAAACCCACUCCCCCCAUAGCCCAUGGAUGAUGAAGUGUGUAAAACCACAGAGUGUGGGUUUAUACCCUCAAACAAUCUCUCGUGAGUCCCAAGCACCAAUUUAGUGGCUGAUAAUCCCAAAUAAAGUUUAUGGGGUUCAGACUUUGAACAAAACCCCCUCAGAGCCUUUUUGCAGCUACCAGGUUUCUGCUGUUUUAAAUAACUCUCAAAGUGACCCAUCACAGCUCACCCUUCUCAGCAAAGGAGAAACAACAGCUCCUUCAACCUGUGCUUCCCAGAGACAAUUUGUGACUCAGUCACUAAUAAAAAUGACAUUUUAAAGGGAAAAAUAUAGCUUCAAUAAAACCUGGAGCCAAGCCUCUCAAA